CUCAAACCCAAACCAAAUACCUAGAGCGGCACAUUAUCUUCAUCCGACAUGGACUGCCAGCAGCAGCAGCAGCAACCAACCCACUACGAUGCUAUUAUCCUCGGCACAGGCCUCGCCGAGUCCAUCGUAGCCGCAUCACUAGCCCGCGCAGGCAAACAGGUCCUGCAUAUCGACCGCAACGCUUUUUACGGCGAGCAUGGCGCGGCGUUUGAUGUCAGGGGGUUGAUGCGGGGGGUGGGAUUAGCGGGGGAUGAGAAGGAGGGCGGACUCGGGGAAUCGUAUGAUGCGGCAGAGGUGUGGUCAGGAGCGGGCGAGACGACGACGACAGCAGAGGACGAUAUCGCAGAAAUCCAGGCUUUCCUAUCCGCCAAUCCAACUUCUACGGCACUUCUCACCACCAUCCUUCCCCCGCCCCACACCGACAUCACCACCUACCUCACCCACCCCACCGCCUCCCCGCGCACCCUCCACGCCCUCACAACGCUGACCCGCCUCCUCACAACCUCUCGCCAAUACACGCUCGACCUCUCCCCGAAACUGCUCUACGCGCGCGGCCCGCUCGUCGAGCUGCUCAUCACCUCCGGCGUCGGCAAAUACCUCGAGUUCAAAGCGCUCGAGCAGAUCUGGAUGGGAUGGGAGGGUGCGGUGGAGGUUGUGCCGGGGAGCAAGGAGGAUGUGUUUGCGAAUAAGACGGUCGGGCUGGUGGAGAAGAGGAGGUUGAUGAAGGUUUUGGCGGGCGCGGCGGCGUGGACGGAGGGGGAGGGCCGUGAAGAAUACAAAACAAAACCGUAUAUCGACUACCUCCGCGAUCAAAAACUCAGCCCACGGCUCAUCGCAUUCGUUCUCAACGCCAUAGCAUUCAUCCUCGAGACCGACCAGAUCUCAAGCAUAACGACAGAAGACGGCCUGAAAGCUACCCAGCGCCAUUUGCAGAGUCUGGGCCGGUGGGGAAAAACCGCGUUUUUGUACACGCUGUAUGGCGCGGGGAGCGAGCUUGCGCAGGCUUUUUGCAGAAUGUGCGCAGUCUACGGCGGUGUAUACAUCCUGGACUAUCCGCUAUCACAAAUCGAAAUUCGCGAGAGUAAAGAUACGCCCCUUUCUUCGGAGGAAAAACCAACACCCCGCGUCCGCGUCCACGGCGCCGACGGCACAGAAUUCACAGCCGACUACCUCGUAGCCUCUUCAAGUUACCUCCCCCACCUCCUACCGCAGCACACCACACCCACAAGAUCAACAUACCGCGCCAUAUCAAUACUGGACAAGUCAAUCCACGACGCGUCGGCGUUGAACCUGACUGCCGUACCCCCCGGCACGCUCGGGAAUGGGCAGGGCGUGUGUGCGGUGCAGGGGAGUUGGGAGGUUUCUGCUUGUCCGAGGGAUAAAUGUACGUCUUUGUGAGAAGUUGGGUUGGGGUUGUGGUUGCAAGGGGGUGUUACGGGUGAUGCUGAUAUGUGCUUUUCUCUUUGUAGAUGUGUUGCAUUUGACGAGUACCGGAAGUGGGGCGGG